UUCAAGGAUGAGGAUUCAGGCUGCGGGAGCCUAAAGAACAUGGCGCAAACAAAACGCUGCGCUCCUUGUAAACACGCACUCAGCCGCCUCAUUACCAACUGAAUGGAUGAUGAGCUGUCAGAUAACAAGUCUUGAGGACGCAUGCCAAUUUCCUUUAAUGUUCUCAGCUACUUGUUAAACAUGAAAGUGGGUGGGUGAGGGUAUAUAAGACACCCAUAAUCUCCCAGUAGAAGAAUUUUGUCAUUAACCGGCAGAAAACAUGCGCUCAUUGGGAGCUCUGUGUGUUGCGCUUUACGCGUCGCUGCUGGUGCUGCUGGUUCAUGGAAUUAAUAAAUCCAAAGAUGGAGUUUACAUGAGGGCGCAGAACCGUUUUUCCGCGUUGGACAGAUCAACUGAGAAUCACCUGCCAACCUAUAUGAUGCACCUUUACAGGAAUUUCAAGUCAAACCUCUCCAGGGUUUUGGAUAUAAUGGAGCAAGACGCGGUAAAGCAAGCGGACACAGUGAAGAGCAUGAUGGCGAAAAGGUUGAUGUACAGCCAUGGGCGUUGGAUGGCAACUUUUGACCUCCAUGCUUUGCAAGCUGAUAAACACAUCCAGGCAGCUGAGCUGAGAAUCAGGCCUUCACGGAUACAAAGUGUUUCCAACAUCACAGUGGAGGUGUAUCACCAGGAGCAGGAGCUGGUGGGGCUGCUCACGCAAUCAUCGCUGGUCACUUCAUCUCAGAGCUGGAAGGUGUUCAACAUGACAAGCUCUCUCUUAGGAUGGCUCAGGCAAAAAUCUACGGCAAAAAUUCGACAGAAAAGAGUUUCAAGACACAGGAAAGUGAUAAAGAAAAACAGGGGCCUGUAUAUUCUCGAUCAGCCUUUUCAUGUUGCAAGCUCGAGUAAGGAGCAGGACACGAGGGACCAGGCCUUGCUGGUCAUCUUCUCUCACACAGGGUUUGAUCAGAACUCAAAGGCUAAAGCAAGUUUACUCCAUACAGCUGAACAAUCCAAGUUCUUGUCCCCUGCAGAAAUCAAAAGGAUCCAUUGGCCAAAGAGGCGUAGAAGCAAACGGGGCCAGAGAGAACAAACAAUGAAAAGCCUGCAGGUGUUCAAGAGAGGGGGUGAAAAGUCUGUCUGUGGCAGAGUGGACUUGCAUGUUGACUUUAAUCAAAUUGGCUGGGGAUCCUGGAUCAUCUUUCCUAAAAGAUACAAUGCCUACCGCUGUGAAGGUUCUUGUCCUAGUCCGCUAGGUGAAGACUUAAAUCCAACCAAUCAUGCUUACAUGCAGAGUCUACUGAAGCACCACCAUCCUGAGCGAGUGGCAUCACCAUGUUGUGCCCCAACCAAAAUGAGCCCACUGAGCAUGCUGUACUACGAGAAUGGAAAAAUGCUUCUUCGACACCAUGAAGACAUGAUUGUGGAUGAGUGUGGUUGCCAGUGACCGCCACAACCACCUCCAAGUAUGAACUCUUCUACGAAGUGGCAUAACAUGCUGUAAAGAAGCAAAGCGAAUUCUGAAACACAAAAGAAAAACACUUAGCCAGAAGGAAAAAGCUCUUUGAUAUUUGUCUCUUUGCACUGUGAGAUUACAGUUGAGUUUUGUGCAGAGACAUGACUUUAAUCUGUGAUGUGGGCUCUGGUUUGGAAGAAGGACAAUGGAAAUUAGGAUGUGCUGAAAUAGAAACUCAGAAACAGGUUUCAGCUUUUGUCUUCAUCCACUGCAGAAGUUUAUUCUCCUUAAUUUAUCAGUUUAAUCUGUGUAAACAUGACAUGGCAAUGUUGUUAAAUAUUCCAGCACUGUGUUUAUUAGUGUACAUUACCAUUUUUGCUACUGUAAACUAAUGUAUAUUUAUUGUAAAUAUAAAAAAAAUGUAUUUAUGUUCAUUCUGUGCACUAAUUAGGUAUG